AUGUAUUGCCAGAAGUGUCGCACGCCGUUGCGCCUAGACGGCUCUCUGGAGGACCUCAAUCCGGCUGCCUAUGACCUCCUGGUUGCUGCAUCUUCCCAGCAGCCGAUCAAGAAGCCAGCUUCACCACGCCAGCUCGCGCCUCAGGAGAAGGGCAGGAAAGCGCUCUACGAUAGAAUCUCUAGAAAUGCAGGCCCUGCGACGUUCAAGAGGCACAGCGGCGCGCCGCAUCGCGAGGGCGGCUUGCGCGACAGCUCGGCCAUGUCUUUCAUUCUUCUCACCGAAUCCCAAGUCGCGCCACCGGUUCUGUCUCCGACGCAACGGGCGCAAAUACCAGGAUCACCUAUCUCGAAUACGGAUGGCAGCAUAGAUACUGAGGACAUACCACAAGCCCACGAGACCGAGCGUAUCACCAAGCUCUUCGAGAUACUCUCUGCACGAUCGGACAUCGAUCAUCCUGUUUGCGUGGAGUGUACGGAUAUGCUAGUAGAAGGUUUACAAAUACGACUGCAGGAGGCUGCGCAAGAGCGCGAAGCGUAUGUGAGCUUUAUCAAGAAGAUGGAAGCCGACGCCCCUACGGAUGAAGAGCUGUCUGCCCAGAAGCAGGCACUAGACAAGGCGAGGAAAGAGGAAGAAGAUGCUGUCGAGGAGCUUAAGCGCCUCGAGAAAGAGAAGGCAUCGCUUGAUGAAGAAAUUAUGGCUCUGGAGGAAGAGUCACGGCAGCUAGAUAUCGAUGAGGAGGAAUUUUGGAGAGAUCGCAAUGCUUUCGCCACCAAGCUCUCAGACUUCCAGAAUGAGCGCGAUAGCAUCAACUCCAAGUUCGACCACGACUCGCGACUGCUUGAGAAGCUGCAGCGCUCCAACGUGUAUAACGACACGUUCUGCAUCAGCCACGACGGCACUUUCGCGACGAUCAACGGCCUGCGCCUCGGCCGUCUGUCGAACAAGCCCGUUGACUGGCCCGAAAUCAACGCGGCUUGGGGUCACGCCCUGCUGCUCCUGGUCACCGUUGCCGACAAGCUCAACUACAAGUUUGAUGGAUACGAGCCACAGCCCAUGGGUUCUACCUCGCGCAUCAUCCGCUACGAGCCCGUCUCGCCCAACUCGAGCCGUUACGGGUCCCAGCGCAGCUCGACGGCCCCGCCGCCCGCGCCCAAGAAGCACGUCCUCGAACUCUUCUCGUCGGGUGAUAUGCCGCUAGGCCUCACCUUCUUGCACCGCAAGUUCGAUAACGCCAUGGUCGCAUUUCUAGAGCUGGUGCGGCAGCUGGGCGUCUUUGUGCAGAGACACACGGCCGCCGAGGGCAACCCUCUGAGCCUGCCGUACCGUAUCGAGGGCGACCGCAUCUCGGAGGUCAGCAUCAAGCUCGGCAUCGCCCAGGACGACGGUUGGACCAAGGCGUGUAAGCUUACGCUGACGUGCUGUAAGUUCCUGCUGGCGCAUGCGAGUAAUGUCAACUCGAGUCGGACGGCGAGCACUUGA